GUGGAAAUGUUGUAGAAUUCAGUCUCCAGUGAAGAGUGGUUUUGUAGCAGCAGCAGCAGCAGCAGCAAAAGCAGAAAAGCCGACUUUUAUUGUUUGUCUCCCCGACGCAAUCAUCAUCAUCACCAUGAAGCUCUUUGUCUUUUUCGCCCUGUUGGGGCUCGCCGCUGCUGCUCCCGGUCAAAGGACAGUCCUUGACACUCUCACCGAGUUGGGUCAGACCACCAUCGUGGAACUGAUCGAACUUGCCGGCCUCACUGAUGCCUUGAAUGGAGAAGGUCCCUUCACUGCAUUCGUUCCCAAGCAAGAAGUUUUCGACAACCUGCCACAAGAGAUCAUUGAUGAAAUCACUGGUGAUCUUGAACUCUUGGCCAAGGGCUUGACGUACCACGUUGCCCCCGGCACCUUCUUGUCUACUGAUGCCGUCAACGAGGCCCUGAUCCCGUCUCUGCAAGGAGCUGAACUCCGCAUCAACAUCUACGAAGUCGACGGAGAAACUGUUGCCACCGUGACUGGAGUCCCCAUUGACCUGACCCAAGUGGACAUUGAGGCAUCCAACGGCAUCAUCCACUUCCUGGACUUCAUCAUCCUGGACGUGCCUGAUUACAACACCGUCGACACCCUGCUCAACUUCCCUGCUGACUCUGGCUACACCUUCGAGGCCCUGGCCUUUGCUGCAGGCUCUGUGGACGCUGUCUCUGACGCCCUUGCAGGAACUGACUACACCCUGCUGGCCCCUGUUGACUCUGAGGGCUUCACCGUGGCUGUGGUGGAGGAGUUGCUUGGUGACCUGGACUACAUCACCUCUGUGCUGCUGGACCAUGCUGCUUCUGGCACUGUCUACUCUGUUGGCAUUGGUGCCCGCAAGGAGUUCACCACUGUUGGUGGAAACACCAUUGUUAUUGAAUUCACUGAAGACCAAGGCUUCAUUGUGACUGACACAGCUGGCAACUUCUUGGCUGACGUGAUUGCUGGUGACAUCCCCACCACCCAGGGAGUCGUCCACCUGUUGGACAGGCCCAUCAUUCUGGCCUAAGCAGUAACACCUUUAUAAAAUAAAGAAACCAGGUCGAAUUAUUACCGUGACUGCUUUAUUUUUGCCAUCAUCAGUGUUCCGCGUAGUCAUGUUCUCUUUUCCUGGAGACCGGAAAAUGAGUGACGCGAGUUGUUGAAUGAAAAAUGCAACUCUGGCCACAAAAAAAGAA